CGGAAAAGUCAAAGCAUUUGUUUGUUUUGAUUGUGAUUUGAAUUGACAUUAAAUGCCAAUUGAAUUGAAAUGAAUGUGGAUUUGAGCAAAACGUGGACUCAAUUGAGUGACACUUUGAACGCCAUGAAAGAGUCGGAUGAAGUGGUUGUCACAGAAAUGGUCGACACGUUUGAGAAGAAGAUGAAAGAAAUGAAUGGUUUGGUGAAAGACAUGAAGAGAUGGACUAAAGAUAAACACAAACUCGAGUUAGAGAUGGAAAGCGUGGAAAAGGCUAUAAUGAAAGCCAAGUCCAACAUCGAAAAGGCUGAACACAAGUGCUCUGAUGUCCACAAAUACAUCGAAAAGCUGUCGAAGAAGAACGACGAGAACAAAGAGAACGUCGAGAAUGUGAUGAAUGUGUGGAAUACGAUUGGCUUAAGGAUCGAGAAAAGUGAUGAUAUCUAUACCAUUAAGUUGAAUAAGAUAUCAGAAACUGAUCCCAACAAAUGGUUUUCAAUCAAGAUUAGCCUCGAAGACAACCAUAGGGUUAAAGUUGUCGAAUGCGAUCCCAAGGACUCGUUGGACACCAAAUUCAUUGAGAAUGAGUUCAACGCGAGAGUCGCCGAUAACUCGAACCCGGAUUUACGCCAUUUGAUUGCUUUCAUUAGAUCUAAUCUUAAGAAACGUCAUUCAAAAUAAGAUAACAUUUCAUCACUUUAUUAAACAUUUUUUAUUCACUACUUUUUAAAACAUUUUAUAACAAUUUUAAAUAUAUUUAUAUUAUUUC